CUUUCUGCUGUUUGUCUUUCCAGACCGCCUGCAGGAUUAUGUUGGGAAAGAGGAGGAUUUCUCUGACCAGCAGCUCUAUGAACAGGAGAGGAAUUCCAGUUUGGAUCAAGAGGAACCAGAAGCUCUGCAGAUAAAAGAAGAGCAGCUAAAGCCAGAAGAUCCCUGGACUAAAGAGGAAACCAUGGAGCUCAGCAUAAGUGAGCAGGAAGAGCAGCUUGUUCUGAAGCAAGAGACUGAAGAUACAGGAGAUAAAUUUUUCCCAUGUUUGACAUGUGGAGAAAACUUUCUUAAAAAAGAACAUUUAAUAGAUCACAUGAGAAUUCACACAGACCACCUGCAGGAUUAUGUUGGAAAAGAGGAGGAUUUCUCUGACCAGCAGCUCUGUGGACAGGAGAGGAAUUCCAGUUUGGACCAAGAGGAACCAGAACCUCUGCAGAUAAAAGAAGAGCAGAAAGAACCAGAACAUCCCUGGACAAAAGAGGAAACCAUGGAGCUCCCCUUAAGUGAGCAUAAGGCUGAAGAUACAGGAGAGAAACCUUUUCCAUGCUUAACAUGGGGAGAAAACUUUAUAAAAAGAGAACAUUUAAUGGAUCAAAUGAGAAUUCAAACAGGUGAGAAGCCUUUUGAAUGUCUGUCCUGUGGAAAAAUGUUCAAAAAUAAAUGUUAUCUUAAUACACACAUCAGAAUUCAUACAGGUGAGAAACCCUUUUCCUGUACAAUUUGUAAAAAAACUUUUGCUGAAAAGGGUAGUUUGACUUCUCACAUGAGAAUUCACACAGGAGAGAAACCUUUCUCCUGUACCUUUUGUAACAAAAAGUUUACUAAAAGCAGUCAUUUGACUUAUCACAUGAGAAUACACACAGGUGAGAAACCUUUCUCCUGUACCAUUUGUAACAAGGAGUUUAAUCAAAAGGGUAAAUUGACUUCUCAUAUGAGAACUCAUACAGGAGAGAAACCUUUCUCCUGUACCAUUUGUAGCAAGAAGUUUGCUCAAAAGAGUAAAUUGAAUUGUCACAUGAGAAUUCACACAGGUGAGAGGCCUUUUGAAUGUCAAUCCUGUGGAAAAAUGUUCAAAAAGAAAACUAAUCUCAAUACACACAUCAGAAUUCAUACAGGUGAGAAACCUUUCUCCUGUACAAUUUGUAAAAAAAAUUUUACUGAAAAGAGUAGUUUGAAUUCUCACAUGAGAAUUCACACAGGGGAGAAACCUUUCUCCUGUACCAUUUGUAAAAAGAAUUUCUCUGUAAAGAGUACUUUGACUUCUCACAUGAGAAUUCACACACGCGAGAAACCUUUCUCCUGUACCAUUUGUAACAAGAAGUUUACUCAAAAGCGUAAAUUGACUUCUCACAUCAGAAAUCACACUGGUGGGAAGCCUUUUGAAUGUGUCUCUUGAAAAAAAAGCUUCACCUCUAAGUCUGAUAUUGAGAAACACAAGGUGAGAAGCUGUUCUCCUGAAUGAAUUGUGGUACAGGUUUUAGAUGAGAAGGUAAUUUGAGUAUUCAGAUUACUUUUAUUCAUGCAUGAUCUGUAAUGAUUUAUAUUUUUUUGGGGAAAAAAACUUGCUUUAAAUGUGUCCAAGCAGUGCGAUGCCACAGGAAUGAAUACUAGAGGCAUUUUCCAUGUUUGACUGUUGAUAAAAUCCACAUCUGCAAACUCCUUCACCUGAUUACAUGAGAAUCUCACAGGUUAAUGGUCUUUUUUGAUAAAUCUAUUAACUAACAGCCUUGUUUAUAUAGAAACUAGAGCAGAUAAGGUGUUAUAUUGUAAACCUGGUAAAUAUUCAGGUCCUGGGUGAAUGUGUGGAUGUGAACAUCUGAAAGGUAAUCAUUUUGGGCCUGAGUAAAUGAAAUUUAAAUGUCCAAAAAAAGUCACCUUAAUAAAAAAAAUGUUUAAAUUCACAGUUUCUUACUUAUUUUUGAAUGAAGGGAAUAAACAUAAUAAAGUGCCACAACACGGCUUGGUUACAGAUAAAGCAAGUUUGUGUCCAUACCACAAGCAAUUGAGAAGUUAUAGAUGUUUAAAUUGAAAAAA